GUGUUCAAGUAUUAAAUGGCUCCUCCAGCUCCUCCUCUCCUCAUCCUCCAAACCCUCUCCUCUGUCAGCAGUGAGCUCACUUUCUUAGUUCCAAGACCCUCCUCACACACUGACACCAUGCUGGGGACCCUCUGCACUCUCAUCACUGCUCUAACAUGUGUGAGUGGUGUGACGGUGGUGACACAGAAGCCUGUAGUGACGGUGAGGAAAGGAGAGACAGCCUCCAUGGACUGUAACCUGGGGACUGUUACUAACACUUAUGCUCGCUGGUAUAAACAGAUUCCUGGAGGAGUGCCUCAGUUUGUUUUAUAUUUUUAUCACAGCCAUAGUGCUCCAACCUAUGGCUCUGGCUUCUCCGCUCCAAAGUUCACAUCUACUCAUCAGUCUACAUCAGAUUAUCGUUUGAUCAUCAGCAAUGUGGAGGAGGGAGACUCAGCAGUCUAUUACUGUCACACAUGGGAUGGCUCUGCUAAAGAGCACGUAUUCGGACAAGGCACCAAGCUGAUUGUGACAAGCUCCAGCCUCCCUCCUCCUGUCCUCACAGUCUUCCCUCCGUCCAGUGCUGAGCUCCAGGCCAACAAAGCCUCUCUGGUGUGUCUGUCCAGUCAGUCUGGGCCUUUUGCAGAUGUGAGCUGGUUGUCUGCUGGGAGUCCAGUGAGCAGUGGGAUCUCUACCAGCACCGCUGUUCAGCAACCCGACAAGACUUUUCAAAUCAGCAGCUAUCUGUCCGUCCAGACGUCAGACUGGAACAUGGAUAAGGUUUACACAUGUAAAGUGACUCAGGGCUCCCAGACUUCAGAGCAAAACAUCAAGAAGUCCGAGUGUCCCGCUGAGCAAUAGUAGAGGAGCACAAUGACCGUUUAGUGUCUGCUGCUUUAUUGUGUGUGCUGUUUGGUCAUUACCAGCUUUACAUGUGAGAGAACAUGUGUCUGCAGGCUUGUGAUACAAAUGUUGACAGUAAGAGGGAAGUGUUGUAUCAGCUUUGCAAAUGGCGCAUUUCUUUUUUGCAAGAUUUAUUAAAAAUACAAAUAAAAAAAUAUCUGAGAACAAAAAAA